CAAAGCAGAACAAACGCCUCUCAAAUCUCUGACCCCGAUAGUUUAGUCACAAAAUAUGCAUGUUGCUUACCACAUCUUCCACCUAUUUCUUAAAUGCUUAUAGGACAGGGUAAGAACAAAGUUAAAAGAGAAAAAGCAAACACCACCCUAUACCCUUCAAUUCUCUCAUCUCCUUUCAGUUACUUUUUCUGCUCAAUCCAUUAAUUCAGCCUCAUUAAUGUGUAACUUAUGUUAACACAUUAUCUUAAUAUCAAAUAUAAACUCAAACUCUUAACUUAUUCUUAUCCUCAGAUUUCUGAGCAAGCAUUUUUGUUUUUAUUCAACCAAUUCAUUAUAUAUAUUUGCACAUCCCCACUAGCCAGCACUGCCACAAACACGGUACAUGCCAUGCCCAAUUUCCCGCCGUGAAAACCUGCAAAAAAGCUGCGUUUUCUUCUUUGGAACAUUAAUGUCUUCAUCGGUGCAUGUGUUGGUGAAGGAGAUUUAACAAGUUUCAGGUUCUGAUCCUUUUUGAAGGUUGGCUUUGGUUGGAAAGAUUGGUGCUAUGAAUAUGGGUAUUCAAGCACCGUGGUAUACAAAUAAUUCUGUUUCUCAGUUUUGCAACAACGAUUUUUGGGCUGGUGGACUAUCUGAUUCUCAUCUCAAUUUUGACCAGAAACAUCAUCAACAACAGCAACUAUCAGAACAGCAUUUCAGAGAAUUAUAUAAUUUGAGUCAAGGAAUUGUUCAGUCAAAUCUUCAUGUUCAUAAUUCAAAACCAGUGAAUUGUCUUAUGCUUGAGAAGGAGAUUGAUCAAUAUAUCAAAUCUCAGAAUGAGGAACUGGGACAUAUGUUGCGUGAGCAUGGUAAACAAGAAGUGAGAGCAUUGUUGAAAAUGUUGGAGUGUCGUUCACUUCAUGUCUUAAGUAAAAAAGAUGAAGAAAUUGCGCAAGCAGUUAAGAAAAAACUAGACUUGGAAGAGUAUUUGAUAAGGUUAGAAGCAGAAAAUAGAAAGUGGCAGAAAAUGGCACAAGAGAAUGAAACAAUGGCAUUGAGUCUCUACAAAACUUUAGAAGAAAUGACAGAAAGAGGCUAUUUUUUGAACAAUGGGGUGGUGGCAAGUGAUGCAGUGUCCUUUUGUGGCGAAACUGGGAGGAAAGAAGAGAUACAAGAAGAAGCAACAAGGGAAAACCGUGUAGAAUGUUGUGGCGAGUUUGAAGAGAUUAGAAUGCUUUGUAAAAGCUGUCAUUCUAGGAGGUCGUGCUUUCUGUUUCUCCCAUGCAGGCACCUUUCUUGCUGCAAAGUUUGUAACUCUUUCCUCGAGGCUUGCCCCGUUUGCAGAACACCAAAGAAGGCUACCAUUGAGUUGAGACUCUGAUCUGAUUUUCUAGGCUGAUAUGAGUACAGGCUUUGAUUUUCUAGGCUCAUGAUAUUCCCGGAAAAGUAAAUAGCAAAAAUAGAUAAAGAGCUUAGCUGUGAUAUUUGGAUAUGCUAAGAUAUAGAUGUAUGGGGACAUUACUCAUUUUCAAUGAGUUCAAUGUUUCUAGACUUGACCAUAGUUUUAAGUUUUAUAUCAGAUGCUUGUUUACUUUUGUUAGGCCCUUUAUGUAUUUAGAUAAAAAACAAUCUAGACCAAUACAAGAAAAUUUGCUAAAUACAAUAUGUUUUCUUAUUCCAACAUUUGUGUUAGCUUUGUACAUGUUUUAGUCUAGUUUUUGCUUUGGAAAUUGCUGUUUUAUGUAUGGUCAAUUAGUAAAAUUGUUUUUCCCUGUUUAGCUGACA